AUGAGUGCUCCAACUGACUCCGUCAACUCUCCGUCUCGUUCUAUGGCGUCAAAAUCUGCAAGCUCGGGCAAAGAAAAGCUCAUUGGCGAGGAGGAAGAGGUCCUCCAAGCCGUUAUCCUCGCCGACAGCUUCAACAAACGAUUCAGACCUCUCACAACUCGGAAACCUCGCUGCCUGCUUCCGAUCUGCAAUGCGCCGCUGCUCGACUGGACGUUCGAAUCUCUCGCUCUCGCUGGGGUGCAAGAGGUAUUCGUGAUAUGCAGAUCUCAUGCUGAACUCGUGAAGAAUGCAAUCAAGGAAUCGAAGUGGUCCAAGCCGGGCUCAGGGAUGAAGAUCGUCCCGAUAAUGACCGCGAAGGAGACGUUCUCGCCAGGCGAUGCGAUGCGCGACAUCUACACGCGCGGGCUCGUUACCUCGGACUUUGUGCUCGUCAUGGGCGACCUGGUGAGUAACAUCCGGAUCGACGAGGUCGUCCGCGUGCAUAAGGAGCGCAGAAGGACAAACAAGGACGCGAUCAUGACGAUGGUGGUGAAGGAGAGUGGAGGCAGGCAUCGAACAAGGGCCAGAGGGGAGUCCUCGAUCUUUGUAUUGGACCCAGAGACUUCCGAGUGUCUGCACUACGAGCAGGAAAUGGGAUAUCCACGAAAGAAACUUAUCAAUAUCCCCCGAGAGGUCCUGGCUGCGCACCCUGAGGUCGAGAUCCGGAACGACCUUAUCGACUGCUCCAUCGACGUCUGCUCUGUAGAGGUCCCGUCCCUCUUCCAAGAUAACUUUGAUUACUUGGACAUCAGAAGAGACUUCAAGAGGGUUAUGCUGCCCGUGUACAGGAUACACGCAGUUACGAAUCAAUUAGGUGUGGUAUUCUUUCCUUUUCGUCGUAAAGACAUCUUGUCAAGAUGGACAUUCCCGUUAGUUCCAGACGACAAUCACCCAGGAGGCCAUAUUUAUGACCAUACCCGCGGCAAUCGUUACAUCGCCAAAGAUAACACAGUCGUCCUCGCGAGGACAUGCAACAUCGGCACGAAUACGCUGAUAGGCUCCUCGACAAAGGUGUCAGAAAACGUUACCAUCAUCGCGUCCGUGAUUGGGCAGAACUGCACGAUUGGGCCCGGGUCGACCAUCAGCAACUCGUACAUAUUCGAGAACGCCGUCGUUGGGGCAAACUGCGCGAUUGAGCGCAGUAUCAUCGGUGCGGACCGUCGUGCUGGGCCCAAUGCAACGCUGGCGCCGUUCGAACGCCUCUCGGCGAAGAGAGGACCAGUGGACAUAGAGGCUGAUGCGGAUGAUGAUGAUUCUGACAUCGAGGAAGUCGAAGCUAACCAGAAUUCAAUAGACAAGAAGUCUCUGGGAAAGGACUCGAACGCCAUCGUGUGGCCUAGGGGACCUCCUGACGAAGAGGAUGAGGACGAGGAAAGCCCAGAGAACUACAAGAACCAGCGGUUCAUGAGGCUAGGCGACAAUACCGCCGAUUUGGACUUCUCGGACGCGGCUUCAACCUCCAGUGACGAGGAAACGACCUCAGAUGAUGAUGACGAUGUUCCGGAACACGCGUCUGUCUCCGGAUUGUCCGACGCGUCUUUCGACACGGGCGUUAUGCAGGACGCCGAAUUCCACGCUGAGGUGAAGCAGUCACUCGAACGCGCCUUUGCAGAAGGCCACUCUAUAGACAACGCAUCCGUGGAGCUCAAGACCCUUCGUAUGGCGUCCAACGUCCCUCUGACGCGUGUUAAGGAGGCGGUGAUAGCUGCCAUUGUCGAGAAGAUCCAACUGGUAGACGGAGACGCUGCGGCACAGCGGAAGGAGAUCGGCACGGUUAUUGGGCGGUGGGGAGAGCUCAUCAAUAGGAUUGGAGGCGUGGAUCCGGUGGAAACAGUCAGCAUACUCCAGGCACAUUGUGCGUCAUCGACGCGCAUGCCCCUCUUUGGCCAGAUCCUCGCGGCACUGUACCAAGAAGACAUCGUGGAGGAAGACAAUAUUCGCUCUUGGCACGCUCUCCCAGCCUCGAAAGGCGGAGACGAGGACGAAGACAACGACGAUGAGAAGCUUGCCGCUGUUGCAGAGAACAUCAAGAGAUGCUGGAUGAUUGGCACGCAUAUGAUCAACCAGUUCAAUGCUCAGGACAGCGAAUCUGAAGAGGAGACCGAGACUGAGAGCGAAGCAGACGAAGACAAAGAAGAGAAAAAGAAGGCCAAGCCUGCUUCCGCAGCAGCCGCGGGGCCUACUAAGCCGGUAGAUUCGUCAGGCGAGGAUGAUGAUAGCGAUAGCGAAACAGAUGGGUCUAGCGGCAGUACUGAAGGAGCGGAUGGAGGGGUUAGUGGGGAUCAGAGCGACGAUGGUCUCAGCGUGAGCGGGGAUUCCAGUGCUAAUCCAAGUACGAACGCGAGCGAGGAUGAAAGCGAAGAUUUGAGCGACUGA